UAUAGUCGUUAUACAUUCAUUCAAUUCAUUCUCUACAGUGAGUGUUGCUUCGUUGUUUUUGAAGAAAACGAAAACCCUAAAAGAAAAGAGCGAAAUGGGGAAGAUGAAGAUGAACGGUUCAUCAAAAUCCGAUUACGAAGCUCUCAGAAGUGCUCGCGUGUUAGAGAACAAGGCUAGGUUGGAAUCUCUCGGUAUUUUGAAUUCAGUUUCGAAGCUUCGAGAAAUUUCUACUCCAACCAAAAAAGAACGUCCCUAUGUCAAAAGGGUUUACGGUCUCACUCCCUUACGCCGAUCUCAGCGAAUCAAGGGUGUCACUGACGCUACCGCCGCCGCCAAUCUUCCGCAGCGAAGAUCUUCCCGUUUGAAAAGUAGUUUCAGUUACAAUGUUACCCCAAAACAAGAUUUAGGUGAAGAGGAAAAGAGGCCUGCUAAUGCACCUUUUAUUGAACUGGAUCCGGAGGAUGUAGAGCAGUUUCUUUCAGAAGAGAGUUCUGCACGGCGCUGUGAUAGCAAGGGUAGAGGCAGUGUCUACAAUUCAGUCUUGGGGAUAUGCUGCCACUUCUGCAGGCAAAAGAAAUUAUGCGGGGAAGAAGAUUGCAAAAGAUGUGGGAACUGUGAUGUGAAUGAACCUUGUCUAGGAAAGACUGAUUGUUCAGUGUGUCAUUCGAGCCAAGGUGUCUUUUGUAGAGCCUGUCUCAAGGUUCGGUAUGGUGAAGAACUAGAGGAGGUGAGAGAGAACAAGGGAUGGAUGUGUCCACAUUGCACAGAAGGGAAAGGAAUAAACCCUUACUGGAUAUGUAACAGUUCAAUAUGCCUGAGGAAACGAAAGAUUCCGCCAACUGGAAUCGCAAUACACAGAGCCCGGGAAAUGGGAUACGAAUCAGUAGCACAUCUACUAAUGGAACAACUUAAAGGUGGAAACUAGCAGAAAAGAUAAGAGAAGGACACUUUUGAACAGCUUGUAACUCGGUAGUUAUUUUCUAAUUUCUUAUCAUUCGCCAGUUAACAUUGAAGCUCAACUUAGAUUCUUGUCCAUUGAUUUUCUUUAUGAGGAACCAUUUUCAUUGAUGUAUUUGUUGUAAUCAGUGUUGGAUCCAUCUCUGUCAUUGAUGUAUUUCAUUGAUGGUUUUGUUGUAAUCAGUGUUGGAUCCAUCAGUUGUAUUUCAUUGAUGGAUUUGUUGUAAUCAGUGUUGGAUCCAUCUUUAUGAGGAACGAUGUUAUAUUGUAAUCAGUGUCUGGUAUAAUUAAGAAUCUGAUCUUAUAUAAAAGUGUCAUGUUUUUGGAAAAA